AACUGCCCGGAAGCGGAAGUUUCGUUCUUUUUCCGUUCUCUUCGGUUCUCGCCGCUGUGCGGUCUCCAGCGCCGAGCGUCGGUCGCCAUGCCUCGGAAAAUUGAGGAAAUCAAGGACUUUCUGCUCACAGCCCGGCGGAAGGAUGCCAAAUCUGUCAAGAUCAAGAAAAACAAGGAUAAUGUGAAGUUCAAGGUUCGCUGCAGCAGGUACCUUUACACCCUGGUCAUCACAGACAAGGAGAAGGCUGAGAAGCUGAAACAGUCCCUGCCCCCUGGUUUGGCAGUGAAGGAGCUGAAAUGAACCAGACCUCUCUGUUUUGACCAUUAAAACCCCUGAAAAGUC